UAUAUUGUAUCAUCAACAAUGUUUAAAAACAAUAACUUUGUCUGCGUUGAAUAUAUUUGACCAGUAGCAUACUAACGUUCGAUAAUCUCCAAACCGACAUUGUGUGAUGUCCCAACAGAAACGAUACGAUUGGUUCACGAAGACUCCAAGUGUACAAUCUCUCACAUUUUUUUAAAUGAAGCAGUUAGCUCAUAGCACCGAGGUGCUAAAGCUUGUCAGUAUAUUGGUGAAUUUCUCUUUGGAUUAGCCAGUGAUUGACAGACGUAAUUUACGCCUAGUGUCACUUUCCUCUGAGAAGAAACAUGACUGUACGAUAUAACACACCUUUUUUGAUUGUCCCCUAGUUCAGUCCCUCGAUUUCCACAGCCAUGCAACUUCUCCCGGUGUUUGAAGCUCAAGAGAAGCCCAAACAAGGAAUAUGGUAUUCCUUGGUACCCAGCGGGAGGUCCCCGAGUGUGAGCGUGGGACACACCUGCACCUACUGGCCUGGGGAUGGAGGGAAGGGAAGGAUCCUUAUAGUUGGGGGAGCAAAUCCUGGAGGCAGCUUCUCGCAUACACACGCCAUAAAUAUGGAGUAUCUCGAAUGGGACGUGUUGCCUUGGGAGGGUCUGAAGGCUCGAUAUGAGCACUGCACAUUUGUCCCUGGGAGCCCACCACAGAGCUUAUGGGUAUUUGGGGGCGCAGAGCAGAGCGGCAACCACAACUGCAUCCAGAAAAUAAAUGUAGCAGAAAGCAAGGCCCACUGGGAGGACGUCACAGUAACGGGUGAGCCCCCAAGUCCGAGGACGUAUCACACCAACUCGGCCUGUGUGGGUAGCUCAUUAUACGUGUUUUCUGGUGGGGAAGUUGGAGCAUCACCUGUCUCUGACCAAAUACUACAUGUCUUCGAUACCGUGUCUUCCACAUGGACGCAGCCAGAAACACAAGGCGCGCAGCCGCCAGUCCGACACGGACACGUUAUAGUAACUGCAGGCUUAAAGAUCUACAUUCAUGGCGGCAUGGCGAACGACGAUUUCUUGGAUGAUAUGUACUCUCUUGAUUUAAAUAAUAUGACAUGGGAGUUGGUGCAGCCCGAAGGAGACGUUCCACCUGGCGUGGCAGCCCACUCGGUCAUGGCGCUGGGCAACAACAUCUACAUCCUCGAAAAAAAGUCAUGGACCCUAAUGAAAUUUGAGGGGGAUUCGCCCCCGAACCGUCUGGAUCACUGCAUGUGCUUGGUACCGUGGAAGGUGGAGGCUGUGGGAGAUGACGAUGGGGUGCAAACAGCCGCUCCAGCUCCCGCUCCAGCUCCCGCUCCAGCUCCCGCUCCAGCUCCCGCUCCAGCUCCCGCUCCAGCUCCCGCUCCAGCUCCCGCUCCAGCUCCAGCUCCAGCUCCCGCUCCAGCUCCCGCUCUAGCUCCCGCUCCAGCUCCAGCUCCAGCUCCCGCUCCAGCUCCAGCUCCAGCUCCAGCUCCCGCUCCAGCUCCAGCUCCCGCUCCAGCGACAGGUCCCACGACAGCUCCAGCUCCAGCUCCCGCUCCCGCUCCCGCUCCAGCUCCAGCUCCAGCUCCCGCUCCAGCGACAGCUCCAGCGACAGCUCCCGCUCCAGCGACAGCUCCCGCUCCAGCGACAGCGACAGCUCCCGCUCCAGCGACAGCUCCCGCUCCAGCGACAGCUCCCGCCCCCGCUCCAGCUCCCGCUCCAGCAGAGACAAUACACUUGGCUUUUGUAUUCGGUGGGAUGGACGCACAGGGCGUCAUACACAACGACUGCAUCGUAACCGUGGUGACAUGAUGCACCAUAGAAGAAAUAAAAAGUGAACACAAGUUAUUUUGUAUCAAACAUUUAUUUCAAAGUCAUUACAGAAGUACAACAACUAUAAUCAACAAAUCACUUGUAGCCUUGAAGAGCCAACAGCAGCCCACCACUACUACCACUACUAUGACACACUGUUGAACUAACCUUAUCGUGUAUUAACAAUGCCCUUUCAG